UGGAUUACAUUUAACACAGAGUUCAUUUUACGAAGAGUAGUUGUAUUAUCAGUCAAGGACCGCGACUCCGAAUAUAUUAAAGUGAAGAAAAGUUUUCUUCCAGAUGCACGCGCGCUGUAAACGAUACUACCAACUUGUCUUUCAAACGAAAUAUUUUCUAAAGUUUGAAAAACUAAAUCCAUUGAUAAUGGGAGAAAAUUUACAAUUAAUGUUUCAAAUAUCAGUAAUCGUCUGUUUAAUACUAUUUGUAAAAGGGCAGACUGAAGGGUCCACGUGUACAGAUAUCCAAUAUGUUGAUGUUAUUCCUGACUGUACAUUUGGCUGUUUUUGUGUAAGUAGACAGAAUGCGAUUCCACGCAUUGAAUGCCGAGACGAGCCGACUUCGUGCCUCGUCUCAAACGAGUGCUCCGAUCCAGAAAUUCCACCAGGCUGCAGGUGUCCGCGCUGCUUACAAGGUCGUCAUUGCGUGGCCCUCACCGAGGACCAAAUAGCAGUUAAAGUGCCCGAGGGUGCGUCAAAUGUUCCCGUGGGGUGCGCAAUCUGCAGCUGUCAGAAUAUUCCCACUACGUCUACUUUUGUAAAUAUUGUAAGCAAUAAGAUAGAUCUUGGAAAUAUACAACCACGGCAGGCAGAAUGCGAUUAUCAGCUUUGUCCUCCAACAUUUAACAAUGGUCUAGAUGGCGAGGAUGGUGAAGAUGCAACUGUAAAUGGCCCUGGUCGAGAUGGACUUGAUGGAGGACAAGGGUUUGAUGUUAAUUCCAGGCGAUAUCCAAACUGCGCGGUUGUUGAUCAAUCGAGGAGGCGCGAUUCAGAAGCUGAUAGGCUGACAUGCGAUUAUGGGUGUUUCUGCAAUCUAGAUAGUGGUAGAACGGUGUGUGUGAUUCCACCAGCAUGUUCAGUUUCAAAUCGAUGUUCGAAUCCUAUCGAAGGACUCUGUGGUUGUCCAAGCUGCCCUGUUGAUCAGAUUGGUUCGUCAUUUCAUGCAAUUUCUUAACUAUAAGUUUACAUA